UGCAACGUGCUUUGUUAGUGUAUUUUUAAAGGAGAGCUGACGCGGGCUUCUGCGCGACGUCAGUUUGGAAUAUGCAGAUUUGACAUGACGAUGUGAUGAUGUCACAAUGCUGGAGAGUUUUAUUUUCAUUUCAAUAAUUUCUUUGAAUAAAAACAGAAAGGAAAAUGGAGAGAUGCCAUGAUAGAGUGAGAGAGGAUGAGAGCAGUGACUUAGGCCACGCCUCCUGCUCUGCCACUGACACCUCAUUGGCUCUGCUGACCCAGGAGAUCCAGGCAGCCAAUCAGGGACGAGCGUCUCUCCUCAAGUCCACUAAGAAGCACUUGAGACAGAUCAUCUCGGACUACGAGUCCCUGGAGCUGGGGAUCCCCUGUAUCAGGAAAUUCGAGACGCCCCCCGGCCCGCGCCCCCUCACUGUGUGCAUGGAGACCCCGCCGGAGUUGGAUCUCUGUCAUGCUGAUAUUUUGGACGCUGUGUCCCGGUUGAUCUCGCGCCCCUUCGAGGGGGGCAGGGUAACCAGCAUCCAGUUUGAGGCCAUGAAUGUGAUCUGUGGGACGGGAGGGAGAAGCAACAGAUGGCUGGUCACCAGUUCGGAUUUUCGGACCCGGAACCAGCUCCUUCACUCUGGGCUCGACGUGUCUCCCGCGCGGGGGGCGGGGCCGGGGAGCUCCGCCCACUUUGCGCUGCGUCGCUAUGACGACGUGCUGACGGAGGACUACAAGCUGCACCUGCGGAGGGCGCUGGCAAGGAAACACAUCCUGGAAACUUUCAGCGAGAAGAGGAGCGCUCAGCCGCUCUGAGAGCUAAAAUAAAUCCAUCACCAUCAUCAUCAUCAUAAAAUAAAAUAAAGUGCUGUGUUCAAAUGGUGCCGCGUUAAACCCGUCUGAAGGAUUUAACACAAUGUAAUAGGUGUAGUAAAGUGUGGUAAAGUGUGGUAAAUUGUCCUGUGUUAAACUAUACUGAAGUGUAGUAAAGUUUAUUUUAUAUAUAAAUGACAAUAAAACUGUGUUUCAUGUAUGAUGUGAUAGCACUGUAACUUCAUUAAUAAUAAUAAUAAUAAUAAUAAUAAUAAUAAUAAUA